AUGCCGCAGGUGCUGAAGGAAGCAAGGACUUGCCUCCACAGCCAACGAGAAAGGCCCAGAAAUUAUUUCCUAGGAAAUGACAAAGCCCCCUCUUGGAUGCUGUUCACCAGCCACGCUGUGGAUGCUGCAUGGAAGACAGUGAAGGGGUCCGUGGUGCUGUCAGCCUCCUUCUUGCUGGCCACCGUCUGCUACUUCAGAGGGCUUUAUUUAUACUUGGGGCAUCGGCUGAAAUGGUGGGUUGGCUAUCUGCAGAGAAAGUUCAAAAAGAACCUCAGCGUGGAGGCAGAAGUUGACGUGCUCAGUUAUUGUGCAAGAGAAUGGAAAGGAGAGACGCCCUGUGCCAAGCUGAUGAAGAAGGCUUAUGAGGAGCUGUUCUGGCGGCAUCACAUUAAGUGCGUUCGCCAAGUGAGGAGAGAUAACUAUGAUGCGCUAAGAUCGGUGCUCUUUCAGAUAUUCAGCCAGGGCCUUGCUUUCCCCUCCUGGAUGAAAGAAAAAGACAUUGUAAAGCUUCCCGAGAAACUGCUCUUUUCGCAAGGUUGUAACUGGAUCCAGCAGUACAGUUUUGGUCCUGAGAAAUACACAGGGUCAAACGUAUUUGGAAAAUUACGCAAAUGUGUGGAGUUACUGAAAACGCAGUGGACCGAGUUCAGUGGGAUCAAAGAUUACCACAAGCGAGGAGGUAUGUGCAACAUGCUUUUUUCCGACGCCAUCCUGGAAUACAGACUCUACGAAGCCUUAAAGUUCAUCAUGCUCUAUCAAGUCACUGAGGUGUAUGAGCAGAUGAAGGCGAAAAAGGUCAUCCCCAGCCUGUUCAGCCUGCUCUUCUCCAGGGAGUCGUCCUCCGAUCCUUUGAGCUUCAUGAUGAAUCACCUCAAUUCCGUGGGCGACACGUGUGGUUUAGAUCAGAUCGAUAUGUUUAUCCUCAGCUACUCGCUUGAAGUAAAGAUAAAAGUGUUCCGACUGUUCAAGUUUAACUCCAGGGACUUUGAAGUCUGCUACCCCGAGCAGCCUCUCCGGGAGUGGCCGGAGAUCUCCCUGCUGACCGAGAAUGACCACCACUAUCUCAUCCCCGUCUUCUGAGUCUGC